AACAACCAAAACCUUAAACCCUAUUAACAGCAAAUUCAUUCUCUUCCUCAGUUCUCGCCGUUCACUCUCUCAAGAAGCCAAAAGGUUUUUUUCCCUACAAUCAUUGAAAAUGUAUCUUCAGUUUUACAUAAACGAGAAUGGUGAUAAAGUCUAUACUACAAAGAAAGAAUCACCUCUUGGGUUGGCUACUCAGUCUGCUCAUCCUGCUCGGUUUUCACCAGAUGACAAGCAUUCAAGGCAGAGAUUUCUUUUGAAGAAGCGGUUCGGAUUGUUGCCAACCCAACAAGCCCCUCAGAAAUAUUGAAAUGAAAUGCCCUUUGGUAUAAAAUGAUGUAAUCUGAUCCUGUUAAAGUAUUAGUGUCUUAGUUUUGAUCUUUCUUAGUUUCAUUUUGUACUACCUAUUUUUCAUGGAGACUACUUAAUGUCUUGUUUUGAGAAUGGUUGAGACUCACUAGAAAAAACCAGCCAUGAAAUAUAAUUAUCAAGUUGUUUAUAA